AUGGCUGUGCCAAGGGCGUAUGCCGGUCAUCGGCUCCGUUGUGUGCUUGUAGUUCUGUGUGCCUUGUGCUGGGCAUCGUCCUCUGUCAGGUUCGUGGCGGGUCAGGCCGGGCAGCUGAGCGUGGACGCCUCGCCGCAGACUGCGAGGAAGAUGCCUGACAAGAUGUUCGGCAUCUUUUUUGAGGAGAUCAACCAUGCUGGUGCUGGUGGGCUGUGGGCAGAGCUUGUAAGCAACAGAGGUUUUGAGGCCGGUGGGCCUAAUACACCAUCAAACAUCGACCCAUGGUUCAUAAUUGGAAAUGAAUCAAGCAUCAUCGUGGGAACCGAUCGGACAUCUUGUUUCGAACGUAACCCGGUCGCACUCCGAAUGGAAGUUCUUUGUGGUUCUAAAGGAACUAAUGUCUGCCCAUCCGGAGGCGUUGGGGUCUACAAUCCUGGUUACUGGGGCAUGACAUUGAAAGAAGGAAGGGUUAUAAGGUGA